AUGUCUAUGUUUCGAGCCAAAAAGCUUGAUCUAGGUUGUUUUAUAAACAUCAAAGUCAUUCGUGACCAUACCAAGCGACAAGUGUUCGCUGAGCAUGAGACUGAAAGACAAGCUCUUCGCUACAUAAUCCGCAAUCUUUCACUUCCUCCUCGAGUUCGUUUCCAAGCACAACUGGAAUUGACUCAAAUGCAUUGUUAUACAAGACCAACCCAAAUUAGGAAUAGAUGCAUCUUGGGAGGUAAAGGAAGAGGUAUCUUGAGGGAUUUCAAAAUGUCCAGGUACAACUUCAGAAUGAAUGCGCUGUCGGGAGAUUUACCGGGUGUUAAGAAAGCGAGUUGGUAA